AUGUUUUACACAAGUCGAAUGUGGAGCUGUCAUUGGAAAUGGAAGCUGCAGCCUCUUCUCGUCUUCCUUACCAUAUAUACUGUUUGUAUUCAUCAUUCAGUUUGGGGAUGUGCCAACUGCAGAGUAACACUCUCCAACCCUUCUGGGAUUUUUACCUCGCCAUGCUACCCCAAUGAGUAUCCAAACAGCCAGGUUUGCAUGUGGACACUCCGAGCUCCAACUGGAUACAUCAUUCAGAUAACAUUUAAUGAUUUUGAUAUUGAAGAAGCUCCCAACUGCAUUUAUGAUUCAUUAUCCCUUGACAAUGGAGAAAGCCAGACUAAAUUUUGUGGAGCAACUGCCAAGGGUUUAUCGUUUAAUUCAAGUGCGAAUGAGAUGCAUGUGUCCUUUUCAAGUGACUUUAGCAUCCAGAAGAAAGGCUUCAAUGCCAGCUACAUCCGAGUUGCUGUGUCCCUGAGGAAUCAGAAAGUCAUUAUUCCCCAGACCACAGAUGCUAACCAGGUGUCUGUUGCAAAAACUGUCUCAAUUCCAGAACUCAGUGCAUUCACUGUAUGUUUCGAAGCAACAAAAAUUGGCAAUGAAGACGACUGGAUAGCUUUCUCUUACUCAGAUGCUUCAUCAACCCAAUUGCUGAGCUUUGGAAAGGUCAAAAGGGGAUACUUCCUCUCUAUCUUCGGUGUGGAAUGCCCACUAAACAAGGUUUUAACAGUUGAUUCACAUGAAGACAUUUUCACAGAAAACUUUGAACAACUGUGCCUAACUUGGAAUAGCUCUUUAGGCUCUGUCAGUGUGAAUUUCAAAAGGAACUAUGAGACAGUUAUAUGCAAUUCUACCAUUAGCAAGGUUAUUCCUGGGAAUGGGAAAUUGCUGCUGGGUUCCAACCAAAAUGAAAUAGCCUCUUUAAAAGGGGACAUUUACAACUUUCGUCUUUGGAAUUUCACCAUGAAUUCCAAAACUCUGUCCAACCUCAGCUGUAAUGUGAAAGGGAACGUUGUCGACUGGCAAAAUGAUUUUUGGAAUAUCCCGACCUCAGUUCUGAAAGCUGAAAACAACCUAAGUUGUGGUUCAUACCUAAUUCCACGGCCAGCAUCAGAACUCACUAGCUGUGCAGACCUGGGAACCCUUUGUCAAGAUGGCAUAAUUUACCGUAUUUCGAUGAUUAUUCAAAACAUGCUACACCAACCUGAGGUGAAAGUACAGAGCAAAGUUGCAGAAUGGCUCAACUCUACUUUUCAAAAUUGGAAUUAUACAGUCUAUGUGGUCAAUAUCAGUCUUCAUAUGAAUACUGGAGAAGAGAAGAUAAAAGUAAAAAGAAGUAUUGAGGAUGAUCAAAGGUUAAUGAUUUGGGCCCUUUUAGUUUAUAAUGAUACCAACAAUAUCAGCUUGGAAGGCCAACUUAUUCAGGAGAAGCUCUUAGGAAGCAAUGAAACUUUAGGUGAUGGCUUGCGGCUAUAUACUGUGAGUGUGAAGCAAAUUGGGACAUGUCCAGAAAAUGAACACCCUGAAGGGUAUAAAUGGUCAACCACAAAACCAGCUGUCCAAAUACAGCCAUGUAAAGGGAAACCUGGCUAUUUUGCAUCACGAACUUGCCAUCAGGAUACCACAAACAAAACCUACUGGGGAUCUCCUGAUUUAACAAAUUGUGCAGGAAUAACCAGUGAAAUAGCCAAUGAACUUCUAAAUUUCACUAGUGAAGGACAAACUCUCACCUCAGCCAACAUAACCAGUAUUGUGGAGUAUCUCAAAAAAAUUGUGAAUAAUGAAGAAAACAUUGAUAUAACUCUAGGCUCAACUGUAAUGACUAUAUUUUCCAAUAUCUUAACUAGUUCAGACAAUGAGUUGCUGGAAUCUUCUUCAGAGGCUUUAAAAACCAUUGAUGAGUUGGCCUUUAAGAUAAAGCUAAGUAAUGAAGUGCCUGUGAACAUUACAACUCGAAAUUUGGCUCUUGGAGUGUCAUCUCUGACACCAGAGACAUAUGAAGGUUCAACUUUCAGUAUUGGUCUCCCAAACAGUAAUGAUUCCUAUUUCCAGAUGGAUUUUGAGACGGGUCAAGUGAAUUCUUUGGCUUCUGUCAUUUUGCCCCGAAGUUUACUUAUGAAUUUAAGUAAAGAAGAAUCCGAAUCAGUUAAAAGAGCUCAAUUUACUUUUUUCAACAAAACUGGGCUUUUCCAGGAUGUAGAAACUCAGCGAGACAAGCUAGUGAGCUAUGUGAUGGCGUGCAGUAUUGGAAACAUUAGUAUCCGGGAUCUUCAGGAACCUGUCCAGGUUAUAAUCAAACAUACACGAAAUCAGGUGCUUCAUCCUAUCUGUGUCUUCUGGGAUUUGAAUAAAAACAAAGGUUUUGGUGGCUGGAACACAUCUGGCUGUGUUGCACGGCAAGAAUCAAAUGAAAGUGAGACAGUGUGCUUGUGUAACCACCUCACCCACUUUGGGGUUCUAAUGGACCUUCAAGGAACUGCUUCACAGAUAGAUACACGAAACACGAAAGUCCUGACCUUUAUUACCUACAUUGGUUGUGGAGUUUCUGCCAUAUUUUCAGCGGCAACUCUCCUAACAUAUGUUGCUUUUGAAAAGCUACGGAGAGAUUAUCCCUCCAAAAUCCUGAUGAAUCUUAGUACUGCCCUAUUGUUUCUAAAUCUAAUCUUCCUCCUUGAUGGUUGGAUCACCUCAUUUGACAUCGAUGGACUCUGUGUAGCUGUUGCAGCCCUUCUACAUUUUUUCCUUCUGGCAACCUUCACAUGGAUGGGAUUGGAGGCUGUUCACAUGUACAUUGCUCUGGUUAAAGUGUUCAAUACUUACAUUCGCCGGUAUAUAUUGAAAUUCUGCAUCAUUGGCUGGGGUUUGCCUGCUCUGGUGGUGACAGUUGUUCUAGCAAGUAGAAAUACAAAUGCAAAUGAAAUAUAUGGAAAAGAAGGUUAUGGCCAAGACAUCAAGGGACAAGGCAAUGAGUUCUGUUGGAUCCAAGAUCCCGUGGUGUUUUAUGUGACCUGUGCGGGUUAUUUUGGAGUCAUGUUCCUCUUGAAUGUCGCCAUGUUCAUUGUAGUAAUGGUGCAGAUCUGUGGGAGGAAUGGGAAAAGAAGCAACAGGACUCUCCGAGAAGAGAUAUUGAGGAACCUACGGAGUGUGGUUAGCCUCACUUUUCUCUUAGGCAUGACCUGGGGCUUUGCCUUCUUCGCCUGGGGACCCUUAAACAUUGCUUUCAUGUACCUCUUCUCCAUCUUCAAUUCAUUACAAGGAUUAUUUAUAUUUGUAUUCCACUGUGCUAUGAAAGAGAAUGUUCAAAAACAAUGGAGAAGACAUCUCUGCUGUGGAAGAUUUCGUUUAGCAGACAAUUCAGACUGGAGCAAGACAGCCACUAAUAUCAUCAAGAAAAGUUCAGAUAAUCUGGGGAAGUCAUUGUCAUCAAGCUCCAUUGGCUCUAACUCAACCUACCUUACAUCUAAAUCUAAAUCCAAUUCUACUACAUACUUCAAAAGAAACAGCCAUCCUGAGAGUGUUUUUGUGGACAAGCCUUCAUCAAAACUUACCCAUCUGGAUGGCGAACAAACAUCCAUCAUCCCUGUCCAUCAGGUCAUUGACAAGGUCAAGGGUUAUUGUAAUGCUCACUCUGACAACUUCUACAAAAACAUCAUCAUGUCAGACACUUUUGGCCACAGCACCAAGUUUUAAUUGGAUGGAAUCAGCUCCCACCUCCCAAGCAGAGACCUACA